GGGCGCCAGAGGGAACUACGCGCCCCGGCAGGCUCCGCGGGAGCUGCGGUGCGCCUCAGCCAAUCGGGGGCCGGCUGCGCUGCCAGGGGCCGGGCGAGGCUCCGAGGAGGAAUCCGCACGCGAAAGUGGCGCCGAGCGGGGAUGGCGGAGAGCGCGGGGUACCCGGCCUUCCAGCUGGGGAAGCCGCGCUUCGAGCAGGCCUCGUUUUAUGGGAGAUUGAGGCACUUCCUGGACAUCAUUGACCCUCGCACACUCUUCGUCACCAAGAGUCGCCUCAAGGAAGCCAUGCAGCUGCUGGAGGAUUACAAGCAGGGCUCACUGCCCCCGGGGACCAGCAACAAAGAGCUUUGGAGAGCACAGAAAAUAAAACAGGCCAUCAUCCACCCGGACACGAACCAGACCAUUUUCAUGCCUUUCCGAAUGUCAGGUUACAUUCCUUUUGGCACGCCUAUUGUUGUGGGUCUCCUGCUGCCAAACCAGACUCUGGCCUCCACCAUCUUCUGGCAGUGGUUGAAUCAGAGCCACAAUGCCUGUGUCAACUAUGCAAACCGGAACGCUACCAAGGCGCUGCCUCCUCUUCCUCCUCCUUCCCAGCCGUCGCCGACCUUCAAGUUCAUCCAGGGCUACCUGGGGGCUGUGGUCAGUGCCGUCUCCAUCGCGGUGGGCCUUAACGUUCUCAUCCAGAGAGCCAACCAGUUUACGCCAGCCACCCGGCUCCUGAUCCAGAGAUUCGUGCCAUUCCCUGCCGUAGCAAGUGCCAACAUCUGCAACGUGGUUCUGAUGAGGCACCUAGAACUGGAGGAAGGGAUCAACGUCCUGGAUGCGGAAGGGAACGUGGUUGGAUCGUCCCGGAUCGCUGCCAGACACGCCCUCCUGGAGACGGCGCUCACGAGAGUGGUCUUGCCGAUGCCGAUCCUGGUUCUACCUCCCAUCAUCAUGUCUCUCCUUGAGAAGACGGCCUUCCUGCGCUCCCGACCUCGGAUGCUUCUCCCCGUCCAAAGCCUCGUGUGCCUUGCCGCCUUCGGCCUCGCCCUGCCCAUGGCCAUCAGCCUCUUCCCCCAGAUGUCCGAGAUCCAGACUGCCCGCUUGGAGCCAGAGAUCGCCCAGGCCACCACCAGCCAGACCGUCACCUACAACAAAGGGCUGUAAGUGGAAGCAAGCCCAGCUCUCGGCGGCGGCACCCAAGACUGCGCAACAGCAGCAGCAGCAGCACCGAGAGGCGUGAAGGGAGGAGGGGGUGGGUGGGGAGGGGGCGGAAUACAAUAGGAAGGAGGAGACGACAAAGCUGCGGCUUGUAACAUCUUCCCUCCGUCAAGAACGGAGUGUAAAUUAGCACUUUCCGAGACCCGGUAUCUCACGUUGGUCGAAAAGAUUAAUAUUUAAAGUUCUCAAUUAGCGACAGUAACAGCACAAAGAGACGGGGGGGGGGAAGAAUCAGGAACUGGGGGGGGGCUGGUGGAAAGUCUGGCUUCCUCUGGCUCUGCUGAGCUCCAGGCCAGUCUGGCACCCCCCACCAGAUGUGUGGAGAUGCAGCUUUCAGAGUCCCCAGGCUCCCACAGUCACACUGGGAGCUGCAGUCCCAGACAAUUUGGGGGGGAGCAGCCGAAACAGCUGCAGAACAUGGGGGUCUGAGCUGCAACUCUGGGCAGGAGGCAUUUCAGUCCCUGGGCUGGGGGGCUUCGAGGAGGACCCCGUCCAGCUUGGCUUGCCCAGAAUCUGGCCGGAGCUGUGAGGGUCACUAUGGUCCCAAGCCCUUCCCAGGGGGGUCUGCAUGGCCCUCUUUCCUUGCUCCUCCCCCACAACCUCUGGCCCCAGCCAGCCCCCACUCCCUUCCCCCUGUGCACAGCCGUCUUCUGCAGCUUUCUGUGCUGGGGGGGCAGAUUCUUUGGCUUGAGACUCUCACGGUGGAGAGAGACCCUCCCUGCAGUGGCCCUUUCCACGGGCUCUUCCGAGAGCAGAGGGCCUCUUUAUGGGGCCAGCCGUGGGAGUGAGGCCAGGGCAGAGCUCUUCCCACUGCCUUCCCCCCCCCACUGGGAGGGUCUCGGGGUGGGGACAGGCUGGAGAGGCAGCCACACCUGGGGCAGCAGCAAUCACAGCCCUAGAGCCUUAGAGGUUGGGCUGAAAGAGGCUGGUUCUACCCCACUGAAAAUAGGUGGCCUGUUCACCCCACCCCUGAAGGGUGGAAAUCCUUGUUCUGGCUCCCCCUGAAGGGCUCCAGGGCUGUGCCCCCCCACUCUGGGCAUUGUGGCUGCUGCAGGUGCUAAAGAGGCAGGACUGAUUGCAGCCCAGGGGCCCUUUGUGGAGGGCCUUUCUCUGAUUGACCCCUUCCUGGGGGGGGGGCUGAGCUUUGGUGUCUGAGGCUAAGUGCCGAAGACUGUUGGUUAGUUGAUUAGGAAAGAGAGAGAGAGAGAGAGAGAGAGAAAGAAAGAAAAAGAAAGAAAGAAAGAAAGAAAGAAAGAAAGAAAGAAAGAAAGAAAGAAAAAGAAAGAGAAAGAAAGGCUUUCACAACAGAGUGAGUGCCACAGGAAGUGCCACAGCUCACACGGCAUCCUUAAUCAGGUCCUUGGCGGAGUCAGCGGCUGAGUGACUUUCUGCAGCAUUCAUUAGUCUUAAUCUCCCUUCUUUGUCCUUGCUCUUGUUUUGGGUGGUGUGAAAACUCAGGUAUUAUGAGAUUCAAUUUCAGGGCAACCCCGAACAUGUGAACGCAGCCCUUGUGCCUUGAGGGGGCUGAGAUGGCGCCUCCAGCCAGAGCUGGCCUUGCUGGGGGAGGCAGGACCAAUAGGCCUGGCACCAUCCUGACAGCCUCCCAGCCCUCCCCAGCCCCUCUUUGGACCCCCGCAGUCUGGGGCUGGGUGCAUUUGGGUCUUGUCUUUCCCAGGGAUGUGGGGCGGGGGGGCUCAGCCAGGGCUCUUCAGAGUUACGGGGAGCCCUGCUGGUCCUCGCCUAAUCAGACCUGUCAGUGGGGAAGGUGCCCCAAAGGGCAGCUGCUCCGAGACCCCGCAGGGAGCAAGAGAGCCCCCCCCCCUCCGAGAGCCCCUCCCCUGGCGCUCAAACUCAGCAGCUCCCAUCUCCCAGCUGGGAAUGUGGCAGGAAAUGCCUCUCUCCAGUGCCCGGGGCCGGGUCGGUGUGUGUGUGUGUUGUGUGUGUGUGUUGUGUAUGUGCGUGCAGCCUCCCGCCCUCCGCCCAGGGACCUCUUUUGGUCGUGAAAUCCAAGCCCGUCGGGGGCUUUCGCUCUCCCAGCGGGAGGGGCUUCACCUUGAUCCCAGCGGAUUGUUUUAACACCCCUCCCUCCCCCCCCCCAAGGAUUCCAGGGAUGUUUUUAGCGCAGCCCAACCGAACCUUCUCUCACUUCGAAGCCCCCCUUUUCCCGGGAAGGGCCCCGGAGGGCGCCUGGUCGGGUCUGGGCUCUGCCCGGCCAAUGCUCCAGGGCUGGCGGGGGGCUCCCGUCCCGCGCCAUCCCCGAGAAGAGCCGGGCGCGGGGCCCAAGUGCCGCCCUCGCAACGCGCCGGCCCGGCGGCUCAUUAAUGCCGCCGCCGCCGCUCCGAGAGCACAAAAGGAGCCGCGACGCCCUUCGCGUUCCUGGCUUCCCGUAAUUGGGGGGCGGCGGAGAGGCGGGCGGGCUGAUGCUCAGCUCAGCAGCUAAUAAUAAUGAGAUGAUCGUCUCUUGUAGCUUUUAAUUAGGAACGGAGUAGUUAAUUGAUUUGUUGGGUAUGUUAAUUAAGGAAUAAUGAGGGCUGCAGUGAAGCGGAAAGAGGGAGCCAAGCGCGCCCCCACCCGCGGCAGAUGAGGGAGGGGCCGGCGAGGGUCGCGGGGCUCCAAGAGCCCCCGAGACCCCGCUUGCAGGAACCGGCUUUUGGCCCUGCGGGGAGAAGCGGGGCCGGGGGAUGCGCAACCCACUCCCGGCCUUCCUUGGGAGGGGAGAGGGUCCUCACCGUGUCCCCCUCCCUCGGAGCUGCAGCACCCGGCCUCGGCCUCCUGGCCAAUGGCACCUGGGUGGCCCAUGCUCCACAGCCAGCCAGUCCCCUGGCAAAGAGGCUGGGCCCACAGAGCAGCUGGAGGGAGCCCCAAUGCAGGAGUUGUGGGGCCAGGAAGGGCCACGCCGUGCAGCCCGUUGGCCUUCAUCUCCCACCCGGAUAGCUCCUACGCGCCUCCCUCCUGUGGGGAGUGGUCUCGUCUUAACCGGCUUAAGUCAGGGGUCCUCCGUGGGUCUCGAUCUCCAGGGAGUUCUGUGCGCUGAGGGGGGAGGAGGGGGUAAACACUUACUUAAGACUGCGUUGCCUCUUAGCCUGGACAGGGGCUGUGGGCAGUUCUGCUUGCGCAAAGAACUGGAAUACAGGAAUUAAAAUGUAAUUAGCGUUAUUUUCGUGUCUUGCAACUCUAACCCCGGUGAAACCGUUAGCCUAAUUUCUGUGGGGUCACACAAAUGCAUUUACUGCUGGGGCGGGGAGGGGACUAGGCUUUUAAGCAGCCGGGCAGUUGCUCAGCCCUUGAGGGAGGGGGUCUGCAUUGUGAAAGCCCACCGGGUGGGCAGCAGCAGAGCCGCCGAAGGUAGGGAAACACAACCGGUUGCAGCAACCGCGUCUGCCCUGCGCCUCCCGGCAUCCGCACUGAUCUCAACGCACCUUACGGCUCUCUUGAGCCCCAAAACCGUCGGUCGGGGGCGGUCGCCAUCCUUUGUCUUCCAACGACCUCACUUUCUGAGCACAGGUGCCUCCGUCCGGGUGAGCCAAUUGCGAAGUGCUCAGGAGCGUCUUUUGUAACUUCCUCGGUAGAUUUAUUGAUCAUCAUAACACUUUCUGUAACACUUCUAAACUCUAGAAUAAAAGCACACCUCAAACUGCU